UUCCUUUUGUACCUUCGCCUUCAGAGCUUGCAGCUUUUUAUUUACCCUUUACAACUUUUCACAUUCGUCUCCCCCAUACCUACUCACCUGAAUACCAUACUCCUCUAAACCUUUCUACUAAACCCCGUCCAACAUGUUGGCAAGCACACCCAGAGUGGCCGUCCGGUCGACGCGAGCUCUCAGAGUCCGCCAACCAAUUCCCAUAAGAGCUCGCCAACCUCGCAGAUUCGCGUCUACCAACUCGACCAACACACAAAUACCGAGUGCUUCGUCAGCUUCCUCCUCGGCCUCCGGCGGCGGAAGCGGGGCUUUGGCUGGUGGUGUUGCUGGUGGUGUUGUAGCCCUCUUGGUGGGUUACUCAUGGUAUCACUUCUCUGGCGCAAAAUCUGUGGUCAACAGCAUUCACCAAGCCAAAUCCUAUGUCAACUCUGCUUUCAAAAAGACCACCGACGCCGCUCCAGAGCCCAAUCAGGCAGUGGAGUGGCUCAGAGACACUGUCAAGAGCUACACUAAGAUGAUCCCUGGAGCCUCUCAAUACGUGGACAAGGCAUUCGAGGACCUCGAAAAGGUCCGACAAAAGCAUGGAGAUGAGGUGGACAGUAUUAUCAAGGACACCUACAACGAGCUCAAGGGAGUUACCAACAAAGGUUUCAGUGUCGAUGCUGUCGAGCAGGCUUGGGACAUUAUUCAAAAAUGCUUUAGCCGGAUCGCCAGUCUUGCUGUGGACGCCGGGCAGGACAUUAUGGACAACCACCCUCAAUUGAAGGACAAGUUCGGUAGCAGCUUCACCCAGUUGAAACAGAUGGGUGACGAGUACGGACCGGAGGCCAAGCAAAAGGUUGAUGAGACAUACCAACAAGUACGCGACAUCUUGAAGGGUGGCAUCGGCUUCAGCACCGUUGGCGAACUACAAAAGCUCCUGCAGGACAAGACCCAGGAGCUCAAGAAGUACGGCGAUGCCGCCUGGCAGAAAGGGUUCGAACAAGCCAAGCCUCUCUUUGACAAGCAACCCCAACUGAAGGAGUUCAUCGAGAACAACAAGGACAAGCUUCUACAAGGCGACUUGGGUCAACUUUGGAAUAAGGUGCAAGAGGCGGUCAAGUCUGGCAAUACUGAUGAUGUCGAGAAGUUUGUGAAGGAGCAGGUCAACUCCAUGUCGCAAAAGGCUGGUGGUGGCAUUGAACAGUACCUUUCGAUGAUACCUGGUGGAUCAGAAAUUGGAUCAAAAUUGCAACAACUACAAGAACUAAGCCAGAAGCAUGGACAGGAAGCCGAGAAGCUGGCCAAGAGUGCGAUAGAUGACAUCAAGAAUGUGUUGUCAAAGAAGGUCGAGGAAGGACAGAAGCUGAAGGAGAAGGUCGAGAAGGACGCUAAGAAAUAGUGGACGAUCAGCCCAAAGGCGUACCCAAGCCUUGAUGACAUUACUACUUCUUGCGAUCAUUUUCGCACUGC